AUGGGUUUUAAUUCUGGCCUUCAGCAAGAUGAUGGCACACCUCAAACUGAUAUGACAAGUUACAAGAGGUUAAUUGGGAGACUUCAUUACCUUACAAACAGUAGACCUGAUGUUACUUUUGCAGUACAACAACUAAGUCAAUUCAUGAUUAGCCCUACAGAGACACAUCAAAAGGCAACAACUAGAAUAUUGAUAUAUCUAAAGAAAAUUCUUAAACAAGGGAUAUUGUUUCCAAUAUCUUCAUAUUUACAAUUAAGUGGUUUUAGUGAUGAAGAUUGGGGAACUUGUAAGGAUACAAUAAGAUCAAUAUCAGGUUAUUGUUUCUUUAUUGGGGAUUCACUCAUAAGUUGGAAGAUAAAGAAACAGGUGACAGUGACCAAAUCAUCAUCAGGAGUAGAAUAUAUAACCUUGACAUCUAAUACUUGUGAGUUAUAA